UUAAAAUAAUUUAGUCUUGACCUCUCUACAGUUCCAUAGAUAUCACUCGCUUGCCUUUCCCAACCUCUGCCAUUUCCAGUGGUGUUCCUCCACUACGAACGGGAAUGGGUGGCUAUGUUGAUUGGGAUCAUCCACAUCGGGCCUCUUCUAAAGAUGUGUUCUAUGUCACCCGUCCCCCGCUGGCCCGGUCCAGUCCUGCGUACUGUACAAGCAGCUCAGAUAUCACCGACCCAGACGCAAAGGUAAGCUUGCAAGGUAAAUAUAGCUGAACUGAAUGGCUGGAGAAGCAAAGCAUACGAUAAUGGCCCAUGUUAAUGAGUAAUGCUUUACUGUGGUGAAAAGCUGUUUGGUUCAAAAUCUCAUUUGAAUGGCAGCUUGCUCGUCAGCACACCUUUCCCCCCUCUCCAUCUUUGCUGAGGGACUUUGGGUUCCUUUUGAUCCGGUGGGAAGAUGAAGCGCUACAGGCCUGCUUACUGCAUGGUUCAAAAUGCCACCCAAGCAUGGCGAAAGAGGGCAACACGAUGAUGACUCAAGAAUGAACAGCGUCUCUAACCUGCAGUCUGUGGGGGACAUGCUCAACUCUCCCCAGGCCUCACUUGCUGGGUUCGGUGGCCUUGGUGGUGCUGGAGGAGGCCUCGGAGGUCAGCUGCGUGCAGGCGGAGGGCGGAUGUCAGCCGGCUCGGGUGGUUCCAGCGUGUCCGGCGGCCUGCGACUAAGCCAGUUGAGCCAGAUGGGGACCACCACUGAUUCGCUGUCCCAGCAGCAGCAGCAGCUGGCUGCCACACUCCGCUACCCACUCUCUUUCCAGAACCCACUGUUCCACAUGGCCGCUGACGGACCUCAAAUCCAGCGCCAGCAUAGUCGUGCUCCGGUGCCUCCACCCCUCCGGCUGGCCCCGGAACCAGACUCCUCCCACCCUGCCUACUUGCCGGAGUUUGCCCGUGGCGCCUUCUCCCGUAGCGAAGACCUAUCAACGCUUAGACCCGGACCGCACCUCGGCCAGCCCAGCAUUGUCCACUCCCACAACUACAGUGAUGAAUAGACCAUCUUAGAGACCAUCACUACACGCUCCAACCAGAAGCCGUGGAUGACCGCUAAGGUGCGUGCGCUGCUAAAAACAAGAGACUCUGCCUUCAGAGCAUGGGACAAGCUGGCCCUAAAGACAGCAAGGGCCAAACUGUCCCGUGCC